UUAGUGCAUACAUUAAAUAGUGUUUCUGCUAUAAGUGAAUUUUUCCAAACAGUUCAAGGUAUUUACAAGUUUAUUAUGAAUAGUCAAAAUCGCUAUGAAUUAUAUGUUGAAGUACAAAAACAAAAAAAACUAGAAAUAAUUCAUUUAGAAAGGUUAGUAGAAACUCGGUGGGCCUAUUGGUACAAAUCAUUAAAGAAAAUCAAUAUUCGCUUUAAGGAAAUUCGUGAAGUUCUCAAUGUACUAUCAUCAAAUGGUGAUGAAAAAUCUAGGGUUAUGGCAAUAGGAUAUCUUAAAGAAAUAUCAUCCCAGAGAUUUAUAUCAAUCCUAAUUUCUAUGGAAUCUAUUCUAGAAAUAGUUCACUGUACAUCAAAUGAAUUACAAAAUAGUAAACUUUUACUUCCUUCUGCUAUUCACCUAAUAAAUGUAACCAAACAAAAUUUGUUGAAUAUGCGUUCAAAUGGAGUUUGGGAAAAACUUGAAAAAAAAAUUGUAGCUAAAGCUAAAGAAAAUGAUAUAGAAGUAGACAUUAAAAAAAUCCAGAAAAGGAAGCAAGUUCUUAACAAGAAUCUUCAAAAUUAUUUUAUUUCAUCAACUGUGGGCAAAAACAUUUCAAAAUUUACUUCUUUUCAAGACUUAAAAACAAAUAUUUAUUUUGAAGCAAUUGACAGAUUUACAGUUGAAUUAAAUACAAGAUUUUCAAAUGAUGUAUGCAAUAUAUUAAUGGUGACAGAUGUUUUUAAUAGUUCUAGUUCUGAAUUUUUUAAUCCGGAUUCAAUUCAUUUAAAACACUUUAUUGAACAUUACAAGUAUUUUAAUAUCGAUAAAUGUCUUUUAUCAUCAGAAUUUUUAACUGCUAAAACCUUAUGUCUUAAAGAAAACUAUGAAAACUUGGAUCUUUAUAAUAUUUCGCAUCUACUCAAUAAAGUUCAUAAUGCUUUUCCUGAAACAUUAAAAAUAAUUUCAAUCUUAAUGACUUUGCCAGCAACAACAGCUACAAAUGAAAGAUUUUUCUCUUCUCUUAAAAGAGUAAAAAAUUAUUUAAGGUUAACUAUGGGAGAUGAUAGGUUAAGUGACCUUUUAGUUAUUAAUGUUGAAAGCACUGAAGCCUCUAAAAUAAAUUUAGGUAAAGCUGUUGAUAAAUUUGCACAUUUAAAAGAGCGCCGUUAUCCUUUAAUAGCUUAAUAUAAUUAUUACAUUUUACAUUAUAAAAAUAAGUAAUUGAUCUUUAAUAAAUAAUGUUUAUUGUUAAUUUUGUUGUUGUAUUUUUUAAAGAAUUAUAUUAUAUUAUUAAUCAAGAUGUUUAGUAUUUACAUUAUGUGACUGUAAAUACUGCUAACUACUUGUAAAUCAGUAUUAAAAGGUACCUAUUACCUAUUUAUUAUUUAUUUACACAUAACUCAAUUAUUCUAUUUGACUUUAAUUCGAAUAAUAAUAAAUACUUGACAAAAUUGUUUAUUUUUAAUACUUCAAAACCCUGUGUGUGACGUUCA